AUGUCUUUUCGUGGAAGAGGAGGCGGCGGAGGAAGAGGAGGUGGCUUCAAUCGUGGAGGAGGUGGCGGUGACAGAGGUGGCUUUAAUCGUGGUGGACGAGGUGGCUUUGGACGGGGAGGUGGACGAGGAGGCUUCAACAGAGGCGGAUAUGACCAGGGGCCUCCAGAAAGGGUAGUUUUAUUGGGAGAGUUCAUGCAUCCGUGUGAAGAUGACAUUGUUUGUAAAUGUAAAACAGAAGAAAACAAGGUGCCUUAUUUCAACGCCCCAGUGUACUUGGAUAAUAAGGAACAGAUUGGCAAAGUGGAUGAAAUCUUCGGACAGCUGAGAGAUUUUUAUUUUUCAGUGAAACUGUCUGAGAACAUGAAAGCCUCUUCAUUUAAAAAAAUGCAAAAGUUUUACAUUGAUCCAGCAAAGCUGCUACCCCUUCAGAGAUUUUUGCCAAGGCCACCUGGAGAAAAAGGUGCUCCCAGAGGAGGUGGUAGAGGAGGUCGUGGUGGUGGACGUGGAGGAGGAAGAGGCGGUGGUAGAGGAGGAUUCGGAGGAGGAAGAGGUGGAGGAAGAGGAGGAGGAUUCAGAGGAGGAAGAGGUGGAGGAGGAGGAGGAGGAUUCAGAGGAGGAAGAGGUGGUGGAGGAGGCUUUCGGGGAAGGGGAUAUUAAAAAUGGAGCCACAACUAUCCCCCCGAUGUCUUACCAUAUCACCUGCAGAAGUGAAGAACAAGGAGAAAUUUUUAAAGGACCCUGAAAAAGUUCUUUCUAUAAAGAACUUGAAGCUGUAAAAUGACAAUUGUUUUUACACUUAACGACUGUUGAUCGACACAUGAGGAGAGCAUAGCCCCAGGCUAAGAACUGAAGACUGCUCAGACUAUGCUUGAACUUUUUUAACUAAGCCAGGAUUCAAUGUUAUUCUUAAACUGUUUGUUUCCGACACGUGGCGUAGUCAAUGCUUGACUUCAUGUUGGAGUUUGGAGUAAGCAAUCACUUGAAAUGUUUUUUCAAAAAACCCUACGGGUUCACUACAUGCACAUUCGUCAGUAUCAACCUGUUAACCUACGUGUGAGUGAUCCUUAGUUAUCAUCCUCUUUUUAUAUUGAAUCUUCUGGUUGCUCUAAAGUGGACAUGCCGUUUAAACAACCUUUGUGAAACUUUUUAUAAACUAAACUUCAAAAUUUUGUGUUGAUAGAAUUUUUUUUAUACAUAAUAAUGUAUAAAAGGAAAGGAAGAUAGCAAAGGGUAUUUGUGGAUUUUUCUGCAUAAAUCUCAAUGAAAGCCAAAGGCAUUAAGACAUGUUCUUCUUAGAAGCUGCUAUCUAAUGAACAAGACAAGGUUAAUGCUGUUCUUAAGUCACCUAAUUGUAUCUAAUUACACUGAUGGUA